AUGGGCAAAUCUAUCAACGCGAAGGCAUCCUCGGCGAUGACAAAAAAGUCGGGCGUGUCUAAGAUGAAAACAACCCCUGUGGCUAAAAAGUCCGUCAAGAAACGAGUGGAAAUUGACCUACAACAGCCUAAAGACAGGGAUCCCAUCGAUUCCAAGAUGGUAUCUGAAACCCAAACUGACGAGAAGCGUGUUAUGGACGACAAUGAAGCGCAACGCAUGGCUGAUGAGAUUGAGUCGAAACGAAUCGCCGAACGAGAAGCUCGCAGGAGUGGACAUUACGACAGCAUUGUUCCAAACCUGUCAGAGUGGUGGAUGAAGAAUUUAUAUUCAGGAGAUGCUGUCGACGAAGCAUUGGAACGUCAUGACCGUAUCCAUACGGGUAACGAGCUUUUUAUGGCAUGGGAAGAACGUUUUCCUGCUGCUUGGAACCAACCCUGCCUCCGGUAUGACGAUCCGUUUAACGACAAUACCGGGACAACAACUUGUGAAGACCGUUUCUCUCGCAUUUUCACAUCGAUGAAUUCAGAUAAUAGUCAAUUGACACAGUACCUAAUUGCGGCAUUUGAUACUGAAACGAUGGAAGUGAAUCCGUCUGAAGAAAUCUGGUCUUUACGCAUUUUGGCCAUGCAGAUUUCUUUACAAAAUCCAUUUUCCUUUUUCGGUAUUGAUGAGUUUGAGGGCAAACCGGACGACAACCAAUUCUUCUCCGGCGAAAUGUCCAAUCCACGGCUCCGCUUGGAGCAUCCCUUGGUGGGCUUUUGGUUAAUUUGCUCCAAGUUGUUUGAUUAUCCUUGGAUUAAUGAGUUUCUGGUGGAGUAUUACGAUGACCCGCCAUCCGCAAUUGUUGACGCAAUCAAACAAACAAGAAGUGGGAAGUCUAUUAACAAUGCUCCAAAUCGAGAAUCAGUGAAGGAACCGGAUCCUCCUUGUAUCCAAAAAAUAUACGAUCCGAUGUAUUCUAUUGAUGAACCGGGCACGGAUGUUCAACGCGAAUCCACCAGCUCCGAAGGGGACCAGGUGCAAAAUCCAAAUCGCUUUGCACCUCUACAAAGUGAUGAUGAUUCGUUUGAAGGUAGUGGAAUUCAGGACUUUGACGAGGUUGAAGUGGUGGCGGUGAAAAAGAAUGCCCCCAAGGCGCCUGAGUUGUCGGCUGAAGACACUGAAGAUGACGACACUGACGACAGGGAGAACAUUGUGGACGACGCAAUGGAGGAAGACGAGGAUGACGAACGGGUCACUACCGCUGGGGCGAACCCACAUGAUGAGGCCAUGGACGACAACACUCUACCGUUGACUUCUUCUAAACUUAAGGCAAAACAAGACUCAGCAGGUACAGGGACCUUUAUGGAGCCCUCGGAAUCAACUCCUUCUCGCGUUCAACGCCCCCCAACACUGGCCGAACGGAUCUCGAACCUCAUUCAGGUGAACAUGGAAGGGAUACCAGGCAAGUGUCACAUCUUUGAGACAACUUUCUCCGUGGACUAUCAAGGGUCGGAUUCAGGAACUGUGGCGGAGGCGCUCUUGUCAACAGUUCUAACGUCCAUGGAGGAAGCCAUCAACAAUUCCCCUAAUGAAUUGAAGCUUCUUCCGAUCUCUGAUACCACAUAUAAGCAAUUGAAUCUCUGGAUUCGAAACUCAGUAGAAUUACGUAAUCGCAUUUCGACUUAUCGCGCUCUGUCGACUUACUGUGAUAUGGAAUAUGGUAACUGUCCCUACGCGGCAGCCAACAGCAAGCCGGGCGAGAAGAAACUAGCACACGCAUUCGCGUCGGCUUCUCGGCUGAGGCCUCGGUCGAGGCCGUCCAAGACUAUCUUCAUACCGGCUUACGUCAAUUGGGGAGAGGCGCUGGGUGCUACCCUUCUCCCUUGCAGUAUGGAGAAAUUGUGA